GGUGCUUGUCAGACAACACUUGUGCUCAUUUUCCUGUUCUGGACACCGUCAGUCAUAUGUUUGUAUUCACGAUGCACAGCAGGUGGGCAAGCGAACGGGUGGUGGAACGUGGCCGCAAGGUCCGACUCGCCGGGCUCCACGCGUUUGCUAUGUAUGGCAAUCCGGCCCCGGUUAGUUAUGCCUUGUGUCUUGUUAUGUCGUACAGCCUAUUCCGUCGCCAUGUCUAUCCUCGCUUGCUAUACGAAAUCCUCCUGCCUUUUCUGGGGGCUUCCGGGUAGAAGAACUUGUUCGUUUAGCACUUGGCUUCAACUCUGUCGACAAGAGAUCAUGGAAUGUCCCAUGGUCUUAUUCGUGGAACCUUGUCGAUAACCCACCUGGCCUCUCAUUUAGUAAGGUUGAAAGGAUGGAAACACGGUACCGAGAGCGGUCAAGGCAUGGCCAAGGCCACUUGAAAUGGAGGCAUGUGAACGCCGUCUAUAAACUGCUCUUUUGAUUUGAACAGACUCCCUUCCAACGAGUCGCUGUUCUUGAGCUUCCUUUGCUUUCGGGACGUCUUCAAGUUGACGAGUAUUCGAAGUUCCGCAAGGGCAUUUGUGAAGAUGGCUGUCCGAUCGAACUUUGUGUGGCUCACUCUCGCCUUGAGCUUUUUCGACCUUACCUGCAAUGCAAGUCCAGUGCGACAACGAGCGGCCGUCCCAGAUGGUUUCUAUGCGGCUCCUUACUACCCAACGCCAUACGGUGGCUGGGAAGAUUCAUGGAAAGACAGCUAUGCAAAGGCACAGGCACUGGUGGGCAAGAUGACACUAGCAGAGAAGACGAACAUCACGGGUGGAAGUGGUAUGUUUAUGGGAAACAGCGGCAGUGCAUACCGAGUCGGCUUUCCUCAGCUUUGUUUGCAGGAUGGUGCUCUCGGUGUGGGCAACACGGACCAUAACACUGCAUUUCCAGCUGGUAUCACCACGGGAGCGACGUUCGACAAGGACCUUAUCUAUGCUCGCGCAGUGGCUAUUGGUAAAGAAUUUCGCGGCAAAGGAGCCCACGUUUUUCUUGGUCCCAUGGUAGGUCCCCUAGGUCGCAAGCCACUCGGUGGCCGCAACUGGGAAGGCUUCGGUGCCGAUCCCGUUCUCCAAGGUAUUGCCGGUGCCUUGACUAUCAAGGGUGUCCAGGAACAGGGUGUUAUUGCUACUAUCAAGCAUCUCAUUGGAAACGAGCAGGAGAUGUAUCGCAUGUACAACCCAUUUCAAGCAGGAUACAGUUCGAAUAUUGAUGAUCGCACCCUGCACGAGCUUUACGCAAGUUGCCCACUGAAUAUCCCCCGGAAUCCUCGCAAAGACUAACAUAGCGCUCCUAGUUAUGGCCAUUUGCUGAUGGUGUCCACGCCGGCGUUGGCGCGGCCAUGACAUCUUAUAACGCCGUCAACGGCUCGGCUGCUUCUCAAAACGCCUACCUUAUCAACAACUUGCUCAAGGAUGAGCUUGGGUUCCAGGGUUUUGUCAUGUCGGAUUGGCUUUCGCACAUUUCCGGAGUCGCAUCAGCACUGGCCGGCCUUGACAUGAGCAUGCCUGGAGACACUCAAAUACCUCUCUUUGGUAAUAGCCCCUUCAAGUUCCAUCUCACGGAGGCUGUCUUGAACGGCUCCGUGCCAGUGGACAGGCUAAACGACAUGGCAACCAGGAUUGUGGCCGCUUGGUAUCAGUUCGGCCAAGACAAGAACUUCCCAGCUGUUAACUUUCACUCAUACGUAUCGAGUGAGAAGGGACUUCUAUAUCCAGGUGCUCUUCCGGUCUCGCCCAUUGGUAAGGUUAACUGGUUUGUGGAUGUUCAAGCGGACCACGGCUCGGUCGCACGCCAGGUCGCCCAAGAUGCCAUUACUCUUCUGAAGAAUGAUGAUAAUUUCCUGCCCCUUUCUACCAAGUCAUCCCUCAGGAUCUUCGGCUCUGAUGCUCGGGUUGACCCUGAUGGCCCAAAUGCUUGCGGAAACCGCGCCUGCAACAAGGGCACUCUGGGAAUGGGCUGGGGCUCCGGCGUUGCGAACUACCCCUAUUUUGAUGACCCCAUCACUGCCAUCAAGAAGCGGGUCGAAAAUGUCAAGCUCUACGACAGCGAUGACUUCCCCCACACACUCACUCCCUCGCCCACUGAUGACGACAUUGCAAUUGUCUUUAUCAACUCCGCCGCGGGCGAAAACUCGCUCACCGUUGAAGGCAACCAUGGUGAUCGCGACAAUGACAAGUUCUCCGCUUGGCACAAUGGAGAUAAUCUCGUCCAGAAGGCCGCGGAGAACUACAAAAACGUCAUAGUCGUUGUCCACACAGUCGGCCCCCUUAUACUCGAGCCCUGGAUUGACCUGCCCUCCGUGAAGGCCGUCCUCUUCGCCCACCUCCCCGGCCAAGAAGCCGGCGAGUCGCUCGCCAACGUUCUCUUCGGCGACGUCUCACCCUCCGGCCACCUCCCCUACUCCAUCACCAAGAAGGAGAACGACCUCCCUGACAGUGUAACCAAGCUCGUCAAGGAAAUCAUCGGCCAGCCCCAAGAUACCUACAGUGAAGGCCUCUAUAUCGAUUACCGCUGGCUCAAUAAGCAAGGCAUCAAGCCCCGCUAUGCCUUCGGCCACGGUCUGAGUUACACCACCUUCAACUACACCGACGCUCACAUCAAGAUCGUCAACGCCCUCUCCUCCGCCCUGCCGCCCGCUCGCCAGCCCAAGCCCUCCGUCGCCAUCCUCUCCACCGAGAUACCGCCCGCUUCAGAUGCCUAUGAGCCCGCCGGCUUCUCCAAGGUCUGGCGCUACAUUUACUCCUGGCUAUCCAAGUCCGACGCCGACAAGGCCUAUGCCGUCGGUACCUCUUCUUCUUCCAAGUCCGGCUCCCAAACUUACCCCUACCCCGAGGGCUACUCGAGCGUCCAAAAGCCUGGUGUCCCUGCCGGCGGCGGACAGGGUGGUAACCCGGCCCUCUUUGACACCAUCCUCGAGCUGGACGUGACUGUGCAAAACACUGGUUCUCGACACAAGGGUAAAGCCUCUGUGCAGGCGUAUAUCCAGUUUCCCACGGACAGCGGGUACGACACGCCUAUUAUCCAGUUGCGUGACUUUGCCAAGACGAAGGAGUUGGGCACCGGGGAGAGCGAGACGGUUACGUUAAGGCUGAGGAGGAAGGAUUUGAGCGUGUGGGAUACGCAAAAGCAGAAUUGGGUGGCUCCUGGUGCCUUGGGGGCUAAUGGGAAGAGUAAGCGGUACAUUGUGUGGUUGGGUGAGGGGAGUGAUAAGCUUUUCACUAGGUGUUUCAGCGAUACUUUGGUUUGUGAAAGGGGGGUUGAGCCACCUGUUUGAGAGGAGAGGGUUGUUUAACAACCCCUCAAGCUGGAGAGGAGACUCCUUGACGCGAUUUAUUCAAUUCAACGAUCAUAGUCCGCAAUAGACCCUUAAGUUGCCGACUGAGAGAAUGCCAUCACAAUACAGUAUGAGAGCUUCCGUAACAAGAAAGGUAUAAAGAGCCGUGGAAUC